UUUGGCAUCUUCGCUUCGGCCACGUGCACAACUGACUGUCGGCUUGGUCUCUACGCGAUUCAUCCUCGGAGUCGUUAUGGCUCAACUGCGACAUCGGGCGAACAAAAAACCAAACAACCACCCGUCCACUUCAGAGAACACCGAUGCGGGCAUCAAGGUCUCCGAAGCAGCUCCUGCCCUGCUCGAUCUUUCUUCAAUCCUCUCGAUGGUUUUAGGAGGAUGUUGCGUGAAUGUGUGGGCCUAUGAACAACUCCUUCUAAUGAACGCGCGCAUCGGUUCAGCGUUGACAUUCUCUCAAGCAGUCUUCAUCGCGUUCCAGGCUCUUCCGACAUUUCUGGAGCGUCCACCGGGUUCAUAUCUCCCUAGAUUGAAACCUAGACAAGUUCCGCUGCAUCGCUGGGCCACGCAGGUUCUGCUACUGAUAACAUCGUCGCUACUGAACAAUUGGGCAUACGCAUACAACGUCCCGCUGACGCUACUCAUCGUCUUCCGUUCCGCUGGGCUUCCUGUGUCGAUGCUUUUCGGUUUCUUGUUCUCGGGAAAGCGGUAUACUCUCAUGCAAAUAAUUUCGGUGGCCCUCGUGUCCAGUGGGGUUGUGUUGGCUACCAUUUCGAAACCUUCUACGUCUUCUGGAUCCGACGCUCACACAAGCAAACUAUCAGCAGAAGAGUUACAGAAAUACACGACCGGCAUCUCCAUGCUUUCGCUGUCGCUUCUUCUCACCGGAGCUCUGGGAAUGGUCCAAGAGAGAACGUACAAGACAUAUGGACCAUGUUGGAAGGAAGGUGUCUUCUACACGCACAUUUUGUCGCUGCCUGUCUUCUUUCUGCUUGCCUCAGAUGUCCAACGUGGCCUUCAAAGCCUGUCUAACACUCAGGGACGGGACUCCUCAGCUUUAACCUCUUGGAUGAUCCUCGGCCUCAAUCUUUGCUCCCAGCUUGUUUGUGUAUCAGGCGUCAACCGACUAUCCUCCAAAGUUUCGUCUGUAUCAACCAACAUCGUGCUCACAGCCCGUAAAGCCAUCAGCCUGUGUUUCAGCGUCUGGUGGUUUGGAAGCCAGUGGACCGCCAACCUGGGUGUCGGAGCAAGCAUGGUAUUUUGCGGCAGUCUCUUGUUUACGCUCACUGGCCCGAAGCAAUCGAGUCGGCCCAAGGACAAAAAGGAGUAACCAGGUCUUUGCAAUAGAGCAUACAUGUAUUCUGGAGAUUUUAUUAUUUGGACCUAUCGGGAUUGUAUUGCUGUAGUCACCUGACCACGAUAAGAUAAUCGUGACUGGCCGAUUAUCCAAAACAUUGCCAAGCAAUAACGAUGCUUGAAACCUACCAUCUGCAGCACUUCCCAUCGCACAUAUCCUAUGUCCAUACUGCCCUAUAUACCGGCGUGUCAGACUCUGCUGCACUGAAACGACGCCUCAUCACUGCUUCGACCGCCGAAGGAGAAAAUGGGGAGCGUGAGCGCGAGGAAGUGAACUUUGCAUUCAUUGAAGCGCGGCUUAUAACUAGCCGCGAACAUCUCCGUGCUGCAGUUUAUCAUGCGCUCCUUGCUGAAGCGCAAGGCACAUUACGCACGAAGACAGUGCAUUCCGAGAUCAUCUGGAUUCUCAACUCAACGCACAACAUCACCGAGGCGAUGCGCCGAUAUGGGGUGGGCGACAAGUCCAGCGCGCUGGUGGUGGUCCGUGUUUCUGGGCCAGAAUUCUCAUCCGACUCUGUGGGGAAAGCCAUGGAUGGGGUCGUGCAGGGAAAUCGGGUGUCGUUCGAUCAGCUGGAUGCGGUCACUGACUGGGCUGCUGUCAAGAAGUAUCAUAAGCUGAGUAACGAAGCUGCUAUCAGAGACUCCCAGGGCCCUGAACAAGAGCACGCGGCGAUCGACAGUAUUCUUGUUACGACUGCCGCAAUGAAGAGUGUGGCUGCGUGACCCAAGAUACUCUUGCCGCGAACGUCUCAAAUAACGGCGUGCUGCGCGGGGUUGUUGGAAUCGUAGUCUAGAUGAACGCUGAAACAUCGGAUCAUGAGGCAAAAAAGAUUACGUAGCAAGGCCUCAACUCACUAGGCCCGCGAGACGAGAUCCAGUGCCUCAAUCGAUGCUUGGAUUGUUUCGCCGACGUCGUGGGCAUAUGGCAGUGGAGUGUCUUUGGGUAGCCUAACAAAGAACUUUGGAUUAACAACACUAAGCUGUUCUCGAGAUGUUGCUUACACAACAUCAACCUCCACAAUCAACUCGUCUCCAACGUGGCUGUUGCCAGCGUUUGUAAACCAGAGAGCAUUCAAGAUGAGAUACAGUACACGAAAGUUGUGUUCGCUACUGGCCAUGCGACCAGACAACUUGACAAAGUUUUCGAGCAGUGUCUCGACCCAUUCGACGAUGACUGCAGAAAGAUUAACUUGAUUUGGCGACACUUGCAAAAUUCCUCACUGUAUAUAGAGAGCAAUACACCACCCAGGGGGUCCAAUUGUUUGAUA